AUGGACGCGGAUCAGCUUAUAAGGAGGCCGGUGCUGCCCUGGGAGCUGGGGGCGGAGCGAGGCCACCCAGUCUCAGCGAAUUACGGCUACCUCAAGGGGUGUGACAACAGCUUUGGUGAGCUGCACAUGAACAACGCCACGUAUUGUGACAAGGUGGGCGGGUACAUAGUGAUUCACGUGGAGGACCUGAGGCGCCUGGCGCCCAUCUGGAGCGCCAAGAGCGAGGAGGUGCGGGCAGACGUGGAGCACUACACCAUCAACGCCACGGGGGACGUUCACGGGCAGCGGUGGAUUAGCGAGAUGUACGGCUACUCCUUCGGGUCAUCUGAUGUGGGCCUAAAGCACAUUAUGAUAGACAGCGCCAUGCUUUAUCCAGGCUACGACCCUCCUAAAGGGGUCGAUCCACGAAUGAUUCAUUACGGGUUAGAGCUCAAGGUAUUAGAUUGGCAAUGGGACAAAUCGGCCUACUAUCGCCAAGACAUGGUCAACACCUGCGGGCAGCAUUUCCCCGACCCGCCGGAAAUUUCCGCGCUGCCCGGAAACCAGACGUACGAGGAGAGGCGGCGGGAUUUUAUCGUGAUAGAGUGUAUGGCGGUGCUGAACCGGGCUUUAAGGGAGUUUCACAGGUUGAAGAGGGGGUGUUUGGUGGAGUGGGAGAGGGAUGUGGGGAUAAUGGAUUUGGGUGGGGCCUCCCCUACAGUAACGGGCGAAUUGAGGGCCAAUGUCUGGGCUAGGGAGAGAGGGAGUGGGAAAGAGAGCGAAGGAGAGGGUGAGGGAGGGCGUCAGGGAGGGAGUGAGGGAGUGAGUGAGAAAGGGGUUGAGGGUGGAAGUGGGAGUGUGAGUGGGGGUGGGAAAGAGGGGGGCACUGUGAAAGGAGGGGCUAGAAAGGGGAUUAGAGUGCAGGGUGACUAUGUUGUGGAUGUGACUGAAAUGAAGGAACGAGCAGGGCUGGAAAGGGGUUUCCUAGUGGUGAGAGAACCGAGAGAGGGAGCACGAUUUAGGAAAUUAAGAGUGCGAGGUGGUGCUGGGGAGGAGGGGAAUAUUCCUUCCGAUGAAGACAGUGUUGCCUAUGCUGAUUCAGCCACAAACGAGGAUGAAGAACUACCAGAGCAAGCAAUCCCACGCCAUACCCGUAUCACGCUUCCCAUCUCCCCUUCUCGAUUCGCACGCACGCAUCGGUACCGUACAUAG